CUGAUGUGGUUUAUAAACCCCAGCUUCUGAAAACGACUGUUCUGUGUUUAAAGAAGUUACCCUAGUGGAGGCAUAUAUCCCCAGGGUGCAUAUCAAAGAGGAGGAGAAUCCUGCCACAUGCAUAUCAUUAUUUUCUCUGAUAAACCUCCCUAUACCCACUGGAAAUCAAGACCUCUGCAUCUGAGAUAGGAGAAGCCUCCUGAAGUGACAGACAUGCCAGGUGGAGCUUCUGGAUGAGGGAGUAGCUGUUUCCAGUCACUUCUGCCCAACAGAACCAAACCAGCUUUUCUGACCAUAUUCAGCCACCGUUUCCCUUUCAGUUAUCUCACCAACCUGAAAUAUUUUCAAGCUUCAGUCACUACAUUUUUUUCAAAGCUGAAAAAUGCCAAAAGCUCCGUAAACCCAAAUAUCUGUUCUUUGUUCCAGAAGACACUUGCAGAAGUGGCAAAGUGAUGUGAAGUUAACUUCCAAGAUGACUCUUCUACCGGGAGAAAAUUCUGAUUAUGACUAUAGUGCCCUGAGCUGUGCUUCAGAUACUUCCUUCAAUCAUACAUUCUUUCCAGAAACAGAAACCCUUAAGGGAGUCUUUUACCAAAGAGCCAGACUAAUUCACCCUGAAGAGGAUCUCCUGAAAGGCAUUCACUCGGAUGAUCGGAAGCGUCAUAUUAUUAUAAAUGUUGGGGGCAUUAAGUAUUUGCUUCCAUGGACCACGCUUGAUGAAUUCCCAUUGACACGUUUGGGCCAACUGAAAUUCUGUAACAAUUUUGAUGACAUUUUAAAUAUCUGUGAUGAUUACGAUGUGACAUGUAAUGAAUUCUUUUUCGACCGCAACCCAGGAGCAUUCAGAACAAUCCUGACCUUUUUGCGGGUUGGGAAACUUCGGCUCUUGCGUGAGAUGUGCGCGCUGUCCUUCCAGGAGGAGCUGCUCUACUGGGGAAUUGAGGAAGACAACUUGGACUGGUGCUGUAAAAGAAGAUACCUGCAAAAAAUGGAGGAGUUUACAGAGAUAAACGAAAGGGAGGAUGACCUACUAGAAAGUGAAACUCCAGGUGAAAUAGUGGAGGAAACGAAAUUUGGCCUGUGCAUGAAAAAGUUACAAGACAUGGUGGAAAGGCCCCAGUCUGGCCUCCCUGGGAAAGUGUUUGCUUGUUUAUCAGUUAUAUUUGUAACUAUUACAGCAGUGAACUUGUCCAUCAGCACCAUGCCUGACCUAAGGGAGGAGGAGGAAAGGGGUGAGUGUUCCCAGAUGUGCUACAAUAUUUUCAUUGUGGAGUCUGUCUGCGUGGCAUGGUUUUCGCUGGAGUUCCUGCUAAGGUUCAUCCAGGCAAAGAGCAAGUUUGCCUUUUUGAGGAGACCCUUAACCCUGAUAGACAUAAUAGCCAUUCUGCCGUAUUACAUCACUUUGCUAGUAGAUACCACUUCAGUGGGCUACAAAAAGCCAAGCUCCGGGAGCAUCUACCUGGACAAAGUGGGUCUGGUCCUCCGCAUACUCCGUGCCUUGAGGAUUCUUUACGUCAUGCGGCUGGCCCGGCACUCCCUGGGCCUGCAGACGCUGGGGCUGACAGCUCGCAGGUGCACCCGCGAGUUCGGCCUCCUGCUGCUCUUCCUCUGCGUGGCCAUCGCACUGUUUGCACCGCUCCUGUACGUCAUUGAGAACGAGAUGGCGGACUCGCAGGAGUUCACCAGCAUCCCUGCGUGCUAUUGGUGGGCCGUCAUCACCAUGACCACAGUAGGCUACGGCGACAUGGUUCCCAGGAGCAUUCCCGGCCAGGUGGUGGCACUAAGCAGCAUACUGAGCGGCAUCCUCCUCAUGGCAUUCCCGGUCACUUCCAUUUUUCACACGUUUUCACGCUCCUACAUUGAGCUAAAGCAAGAACAGGAAAGAAUAAUGUACAGGCGAGCACAAUUCUUAUUAAAAUCAAAGUCACAGAUAAGCAAUGCAUCACAAGGGAGUGAUAUUUUAUUCCCCAGUAUCUCUUCUGAGACUAGGGACAAUGAAUGAAAUUUAAGUUACUAUUUCUCCUGAUGUCAAGUAAUGUUUUGUUGUAUCGGAUUCCAUCUUCUAAUUUGAUUUGAAAGAGUUUUACAGAGAUAACCAUAUUAAAAUGAAGAAAAGGGGCUAUUAAGUAGGAACUGAUGUGGUUUAAGAAGUCUGUUAUUAUGCUGUUUCUUCCUUUCCUCACACCCCAGCCCCCUCAAGCAAAAUGUAUAGUUAGGACAGCUCUUUCCGUGAGAUCACAGAGUGGGAUUUUGAGACUUAAAAGCCCUCUUGCAAAAAUAAGAACAACAUAUAAUUAUGUUCUUGACAGGCUGCAUUAUCAUUUGUAAUACACAUUUUUUCAGCCAAAUCAGAAUGUAUGUAAUCAUUAAGCAGGCUGUCCCUCUUUUUGUCAUUAUAUAUAAAUAAUGUAAAUAGAACAAAAUCAAUGGCUAAAUUCUCUCCAAGUGUAAUACCAUUGAGCAUAAUGGAAAUAACCCCAUAUAUUUGUCCCAUUGUGCUCUUAAAAAGCAUUAAGCAAGAUUUGUGUUGUUCAAAGGCAAAUGUAUCUUUCUAAGUCAGCCCUAAACGUAAUAGAAAAAAAGAAUUGAGCUGUUUGUAUCACAAGGCAACCUUGCUAAAAAUGUAAAUAGUCAUAGCUCACCAGCUUCAAAAUUUAGAUGAAGAUACGGUGUUGAUCCUAUGUCAUUGAAUACAGUGUUUCCAGGAACAGAGUCUUUGAGUUUUGUAUCAUUUAAUAUGGUUAUCAAGGGGUGACUAGCUGCAAAUCAAAUGAAAUACGCCUGAUAAGAUGCCAGUCGUUCCCUACCAUCUGUUGCCAUGUUUUUUGUUUUACCUCAGAUAGAAACAGAAUCAAAAGAGGACUGUUUCCAGGGGACACCCUACGAUUACUUGGCAAAUCAGUGCUGCAGCUACCCGUUCACAUUCAGCAUUUGGUUCCUUAAAGGAGCGAAAAAAAAAAUGGUCGUGGGAAGUUGCCAAUGAUGAAAAAAGAAAAUAUCAUUUGAGUCAUGGGGUGGAGGGAUUGACAGCUUUACACUUUACUGGCCUCAAUCAUGAGGGACUUUAAUUAACUGUACCUUUACCAUCACUACAGACAUCAUAGCAACUGAGAAAAUUUAGUAUAAGAUGCAUAAAGGUAAUUAAGUGCCCAAAACACAAGUCUGUAUUCUUCAUCCACACAUGUGUCUUGGUCCAGGUUCCCCCGCUGAAGUCCGUGGGAGUACACAGCUGAGUGAGACAGUCAAGUUUGGCACCUGUUUCUAGGGAGAUUAAUGACAGACCUCCCAUUUAGUUUAGAGGGAAAGAGCUUGGGUUGCAUAACGGCUCCAGAGACAAAAUCCAGAAACUUAACAGAAAAAUCAAAUCCAUUUGUUUGAGUGCAUGUGUUCUCAGAGGUAAGAAAAGCUAAACUUAAGAGGCUUUUUGUUUUUUUUUUUUUUCUUUUAAGUAGCUUUUACUCAUCAUUAACCUAGCUCUUAAGAGCUAGGAAAACAUUGGAGCUUCCAUCACAUUUACCAAUGCCCUAAUUUGCAGAAUUAUUAUUGUUCACUGGCAUUUCUUGAGCGGGUUGCUAGAAAUGCCAGAAUGUGUGAUAGCUCUGUGAUUCACAUUUUUAAAAGAGAUGGGAUUAUUUCAUCAACCUAUGCUGUAUGGCCAAGCCCAUGGUAUACUGAUUUUCUUUUCAAAUGUCUUUAAAAUAACAUUUGAAGGUAUUUUGGUUUGCUUAUUCUUUAAGCAUCACCUCAAAACUUUUCAAAAUUCAUUUUACAAAUACAAAUAAUCAGGACUCUAAGAGUCUUCACCCUGUCAUAAGAGGCCUAUCGAACAUUAGUGCAGAGAGUUAAAAUAUAUAGGCUGAGCUCUUGGCAAUUAAUUACAUGCCAGAACUAGGAAUGUAACCAGCUUUUCACUCUCCUUCUUCAGCUUUAAUUAGAGUUGGAUAAAAAUCAGGAACACUGUGACAAAAAAGGGACGCAUUUUUCAUCCAAAAUUUUCUAAUUUCAAAAAUGUUUGAUCAUCUGCAGCAUUGGCUUUGACACAAGUACUACACAUCCUUCUACCUUUGUGUCAGCAUUCAUUAUAAAAAGAACUGGUAAUUAGAUUAGUCCUGUGAUUAACAGUGAGUUAUAUAUUUUUUAUGGAUUGGGCCAUAAAUGAGAAAAUAUAAGGAAAAAUGAAGGGUUACUAAAGCUAAUAUUACUUCCAUUUUAUGCUGGGUAACAUAUGUUGAAGAUUUGGCCAUUUUCUCAAUAUCUUUUCACCAAGUUAAUGCUUGUUUAUUUUAUAGAUAAUUUUUUUAAUUCUAAAACUGUAGUUUGAUUCUUCAGCCUUUGUCAAAACAAACAAACAAACAAAAAAAUCACCCUGAAGCAGGGUGUUGGUUGAGGCCUGAAAGUAUCUUGCCUCUUGGGAGCUCUGCCGAAGUCAGGAACAAAUCAGCCUUUCAGGAUGUACCCCUUUGUAAUUUUGUACUUGGCAACACAUCUCUUGUAAGAAUAUCAACAUGUUUUACUAUGAAUCAUUGUAACAAACUUGCCUAUGUUUUACACGAGGUGAUACAUACUGUAGUCCUAAUGCUAAAUAAAUCCAGCUAUGUGUCUUAAGAGCACAUUAGUAUGAAACCCACAUGCUGUGUUCCAGCUUCUACUGUGAAGGCUGAAGGUUUAAGAUAAUUAUGUCUCUUUACAGUACAUUAUCUCAAAUUUUAGUCAAAUUCAUGAAAAUUAUGGUUUGAUUCAAAAGCUGACUGUUUCCACUGACACAAUUGACAGCCACCAAGUCAGCUAUCAUUCCUUUCUUGUUGUUUUGCCUUUUAACAGCAUGUGCAGUCAACAAGAAAGUUCUAAUAAAAACAACUCUGUGCUUUUAUGAAGUCAAAGGAAUUGUUUGAAUUGCCACUGCUAGGGAGUGAUGCAUGUCUCUAACAGAGAUAGGAUUGCAUUGCUAUUUAUAUUAUCCUGCAUAUACUGCAGUAAUAUGUAUAGUAUGAAAUCAAACAGCAGUAGCUGUAUUAAUUUUGAUUAAUAAAGUUUUAGGCCUUUCAUUUUCAUGUGUUUCUUAUGCAUGAAAAGACUGUCACCAUGUUAUGGGCAUGCUUGACAACCUGGAGUCAAUAUGGAAAGUGGCCAGCAG